AUGGCGUCCAGGCAACAUCGCUCAAUGCCGCGACUUAAUCGAAAGCGUUCCUUGUCAGCGAUGCGCCAAUUCAGCGAUGCUUGUGACGCAUCUAUGCAGGAAGCUCGCCCAUUGAGCGCAGCUCCCAAUUGCAAUACUAUCAUUCAUUCCGGACCGGCUCCAUCCCCCAUUGGGCAAAUUUCGAAGCAGGACUCGAUCAAGGAUAUGGUUCGGUCAUUCUUCAGACGCCGGCCAACUAAUGAAAGCCGCGAGAGUGACUAUAAAUAUCGGUCAAAUCCCAACACACGGUGGGACUCGGGGGAUGAUUCCCGUAUUAUCUAUACGAAUUCCCCCGGAGUCAUCGAGAGCCAUGACUCUCGACCUAUUCGGACAUCAUCAUCAACCGGCGAAUUGGGUCCAAUCCACCAUCACAUUAGGCAUUCUAGGAUAUCUCACCACCCUACAUCUAGAAUGAGAAGUACUGGCAAUGUUUUCCGGCUAGAUGUGUCGCCUGACUCUCUUUUGCCUCAGCCUGACGGUGCGAGCGUCUCAGAAUCCUAUACAGAUGUUCAUGGUCCAUCGACAAGUACCGGCCUUACACCGCGUCCGAGCAGUGCGCAACAGAGUAAGGUCAUUUACCCUCUCAUAGUAGGCUCGACACAGGGAGAAACUAUCGAUGGAUCGUCGUUUUAUUACAGAAAUCCGCAAGAGGUGGUGCGAGAAGCAUCUACUGACCGACCAUUUGACAAUUCCAGUGGUGUUGGCGAACCAGGGAAAAUGACAUCGCAAGUAAAUGAUCCUCGGUCACAGUCUGCCUCGUUUGUAGGCAUUGAUUCGGCUCCUGUUGGCUCUGAGGCUGAACCAAAUCAGUUCGAAUACAGACAAGAUUCAACAGACAAUCAUAAGGACAUAGACUAUGUCGUUCUAGAAGGACGAUUCAAAGACCUGGAAAAAAGAAUGAGAACAUUAGAGAGGACCGUUCUUCGGAUUUACCGGCAGGUCCGCGGGCCAUAUAUGGCUGGCGCAAAAUCUGUGGACGCAGUGUCUCAAACCUUUGGUGACCCUCUCACGAACUUGACCAAUUCAACAUCGGAACACUCAAUCUCUCCAGAAACUGUGGGCCUGGUAGACCUUCCGCUUUCAGGAGUUUCUCACUACCGAAUGGGCACUUUCGGUGGGUCUUCCCCAUCUUUGUCUUCGAAGUCAGGAUCUAGCCCGGCGGCAAUCCUUUCUGUUCCGGGUUCAAGAUUCCCUGAUAUUUCCUCGGCGCAACUGGGCAGAAAGCCCUUAAUCCCAGGGUCAGACACACCACUUGUAUAUGGUCAAACUCCGAAUCAACAUCAGCUCCAUGACGGCUGUCAACAAUAUGAGGCAUUGGCUGCUCUAGUAGAGAAGGAAAGGGUUGCCAGAAAGGGUAUGAAAGUCCAUAUCAUGUCGCUUCAACGAGAAGUACAGGAACUCAAGUCUAAGCGUCACGAUGAUAUUCCCGUCUUCAAAGGGAGCAACAGGUCUCGUUCAGGCUCACCGGCACUGCAACAGAGCAAAUUCAGUGUCUCUGAAGACGACUUUCAGAUGCGCGAUGAUAAUGGCUUUUAUGAUGCUCACGAUCACAGUGUAUAUUCUAAUGAUGAUUUAUGCAGCAACGAACAGUUUCAGACCCCUUUAGAAGUGAAUUACCCCGCAAACUUUCUUGAUGUCCAAACUAUAGCUGCGAUGGAUGACGGUCAAACAUCAAAGAGUUCAACCUUGCCCUUAACCUCAAGUCGACUUGCUCAUCCUGAGGGAUUUAUAUAA